UUUCGGCUCAAGGUGGAGUCCGAGCAGUUAAUCAUGGGCAUCGACUGCCGAUACGCUUUCACAGUUGCCACCGGGCUCACAGUCGCCUUCUGCCUGGGGUUUACGAGACUGCCCGACCUGGCGGGAGCCUGUUGCGCAAGCUCCCUUGGUCAACAAGUGUUGCGUGAAAAAGGCGCGGUGGCAACAAGAGAAGUCACACCUUCAGGGUCGCCGCCUGGGCGGCCAGCGCUGCGCGGCGGCGAGCCCGCCACAGGCGUUGGCGUGGCCGUGCCUGUGGCGGCAGUGACAGAGCGGGCCAGACCCCUGGUCCCGGCGGCGGCGAGCGUGGCGCAGCAGUUCGGCGGGAUCGAUGGGCUUUGCAAGCAUUUCGGCUGGACAGCUCGUCCAGAGGGUCAGCGAAGACCGCGGCUAUUUUACAGCACCGUCGUCGGAAACAACGGCCAGCAGGACGUCUAUGACCUGGCUUUCGCAGAGGUCUAUCCGCUCGUUGAUCGGAUCGUUGCUUUGGAUCCUUUGAUGACUCAGACAGGAGCUCCAAGGCAGCCGAGCUUGAACAUGUCUGAGGCGAGGUGGAAGCGCUAUGGGGACAAGCUGCGGCACGUCGUGUUGGAGAAUCCGGUUCCAGAGUGGAACCCCAAACUAUUUCCGCACUGGUCUUCAGAGGAGCGGGAUAAGUUGAGCAGGCCAGGGCAUCACCACGGCACGAACUUAAGCCUCUUGGAGGAGUGGACCCGCGCUCAACUCCAACGGGGCUUGCAGGACUCCGCGGGCGCAUGGGAGUUGCACAAAGAGGACAUCCUCAUCGUCGCGGACUCUGACGAAAUCCCGCUUCGUGAGUCUCUUGUUGCCCUCGCUGAGUGUGAGAGCACCGUGUUCGCGGAGGUGAAGCGCAAGUUGGCUGGGGGCAUAAAACCAGAAGACGCAUGCGUCAAGGACGCCAAGGUAUUGUUGCAUUCCCAAGUGUUUGAGUAUUACAUCGACUGUCCCACCACCGUUCCUGCGUGGUGGCACCCAGACGCUAUACUCGCGGUCUGUGUUAUGGAUGGCGGGAUCGACAUGGAGGAGGUCCGCACCGGCAGCUCUGGCAGUAUGACGUCUGUCGUGGCCUCCCGUCACAUCCACAAUUUAGCGAUGUCCAACGAUGAGGUCAUCUUCAAGUACACGCACUACGCGGAGCCUAGGACGCCAGGUCUGGACGCCGGGCUGUCGGCCCCGACGAUUGACGAGAUGCGCUGGCGAGCCUGUGAUCCGAAUGCACCUGACAUUGGGCCUGGCGGCUGGUACAUGGACGUCAGGCCGUCCAACGAGUUCGUCAACCCGCACAACAGGCGUGGGUACCAGCUGCGCGCGGAGCAGCGACGUGGGAUCGACAGGCCCCCCGCGCUGCUCGAGGAGAGGCCAGAGCUGGCCGCGAAGCUCUUCUGGAGGGGGCACGACGAGCACGUGAACCCCUUCGUUGGGAAGCCGGGCGGGCGUCACGACUUCUCGCCGGGCUGGGUGGAGAGGCGUGGGAAGCCGGGGUGGUGAUGCCCCCUGGGUUCGGCUCGGGUCUGGCAGGGCCUUCGGAUGCAGUGCGGAACACCGCUGCGCCCGCGGACGGAGCUCGGACACGCCACGAUGGCCCGAAGCGACGCCCACGGGGCCCCGGAACGACCCCAGAAUUGAUGACGUUCCAACCCACUUUGGCCUUGAUCACCAGAAAGUACGAUGGGGGCAACAUAACCCCAGAAGGCCCAUCAUUGCUCCGAUGUAGGCUCAGGUAGCCUCCGAGGUGCGCUAAGAAAGCUUCAAGCUGAUCCCCGUGAGAGGCUUCAGGGGCGAAGAUCAGUGACCCUCGUGGUUUUUGAACGGUUUUCAUGUUGAGACGCUGCUCAACGCGCGGAGAUGGCACAAGACGCGCCCAAAAGGGCCCCAACACUUCCUUGCGUUGCCCUUGAG